UUUUGGCAUUUUAAAAAUAUCUACGCAGUCGGGAAGUAUAAUAAUUCGUGGCCGUCGUCUUUAAAUUGAGUGAAAAUAUUACAAAACUAUUUAAAAUACUAUUAUUUAAUAGAAAAAAACAACAAACAAUAUAAAUUAGUGGUAAUAAUAACAGCUAUUCAAUGGAAAAAAGCACAAUUUGAAUUAUUGUAAGAAUGAAAUUCCUGCAAAAGCAAUUACUAUUAUUUGUUAACAAUGUGUUCUUUUUUUUAAAUUGUGAAAAUGUAUAUAUGAAAGGAACUUGAAUAAAUAGAAAUUUUAUUAUUGGACGCAGCAGAAUAGAAAUAAAAAUACAAAAAUAAAUCCAUGGUAAACACCACUAUAUAUUUAGUCAGUAUUCAAUUUAACUCAUCUUAUUAACCCACAAAAUACUACGAAUGCAGUAAUAUAGUGUAUAUAGAGAAAAAAUAAAGGAAAGAAAAUAAUUCUUUGUAGUGCAUUGCAUUAUUAAAUGUAGCUCUAGCUGUCAUUACAUACGAAUAUGAUUACCAAAGCAAACUUUCGAAAAGUCAAAUAAAUAUUGCAUUUGUGUGUGAGUUAUUGAAUGAGUAGAAGUAUGUGUGUGCGUGUGUUUAUGUGUGAGCUGUUUAUUUGACACGACAACAGAUCAGCAGCAGCAGCAACAGCAGGGGGAAUCGGAAAAUAUUAUGAACAAAAUGAAAACGCGUGUUAUAUUAUCAGAAAGGAAACACAAAAACUAUCAAAAAUAAUUUAAAAAUUACCAAAAAUAAGUGAAUUACAUAUAAUCAAAACAACAAUAUUUUUGUAAAUUGUUUAACAUCUUUUUUAUUUGUGAAAACACUCUCUUGUGACUGACUGACAUAUGUAUGCGGGUUUCACCUUGUAGCCAGUCUGUCAGUCCAUUUUGUAUACCUACUAUACUAAUCUUUAUGUGGUGUGGUGUAUAUAAAUAAGAUAAAAAAAUUUCAUUGCAAAUGUUUUCUGGUGUUGGUGAACUGAACACCAAGAAAAUAUACAUAUAGUUAACAGAUCCUAAAAUAAAUCCUUUUAACAAAAAGAUUCAUUCUCCACAACUUGGUCACCAAGUAUCAAACAAUUUCCAAUUUAAAAACGUAGAAAAUUACGUUAAAAUUCUUUACUUUUAAAACAAAUAUUUUGACUUACCUUGUUCUAAGAGGGUAAUUGGAAGAAAACGCAAAUUCUAACUUUACUAAGUGUCUAAUUUGCUGAAUGCAAUGAAUCGGUAUCAAAACAAAAAUAAAAAUUCUGCUUUAGCCAGUAACGUUGGCGGCGGAACUUACGGAAAAAUGUCCACCCGCCGCCAAAUGGAACACGAAAGUGGUUAUUAUGAAGAUGUACCAGAAGAUUGUUAUAACUAUAAUGCGAAUAGCGGAGGCACAGGAAAACGUCCAAGACAAUUGUCCAAUGAAGCUUUAUAUGGCAGUGAUAAAAAGUAUAAAUCUCAAGUGACGCAUUCAAAUAUGACUGGCAACAAAAAGAAAAAUACAUCCUCAUCAACAGCGUCAUAUGGUGGUCUUGGUAUGACUAAAAAGGGUCGUAACGUUCCUGAAGUUAACAGCAAUGGUACAGUUAAUAAAACGGCGACGACAACAACAUAUCACACACAGAAUCUUUGCUCGAAAAAAAGUAAUCCUAUUAAAAGCAACAAUAACAAUAAUACAACAAGCAACAUAAACAAAGAAGCAAAACUAAAGAAUGUUGCUGGUAUAAAUCCCAAAUUGUGUCUAAAUGCUACAAAUUACAAUGACUACUCCCAUAAUAAUAACAACAAUAAUAACUAUGGAAUAUCUAUGGAAAAGAAUCAUCAUGCAAAUGAUUUAGUAAAGAAUACAACCACAGUUGAUAUGAAUGAAAUUGUUGAAGUUCCUGACAGCGAUAGCGAAGAGGAAGCUAAGGCAGCUACUUCUUUAGUUAGCAAAACAAAGGCAAAAAUUAAAAACGGUAGAGCCAGUAGCUCCAUAAAAUGUGUACCGACAUAUGUAGUCAGUGGUAGCAGCAGCAAUAGCAAUCAUUCUAUACAAAAUUUCCACGAACAACAGGCAUCCAGCUCAAAGUUACAAACAUAUAACAAUAAUAACAACAACCAUACUACUAGCAGCAAUAAGGAAGUUAAACAAAAGGACACAACUACUGAUAAUGAGUCAAAUAGUAAUCCCAAUGCCGAUCUCGAACGUUUACAGCGUGAAAUAGAAGAUGUCACACAAGUUCAUACAAGUUGCAUUGUGGGUGAUGACGAAAAAGUUAACUUAUCGCAUUUCGAACUUAUACGAGUUUUGGGCACAGGAGCUUAUGGUAAAGUUUUUCUUGUACGUAAGAAUGGUGGUGAUGAUAAUGACCAAUUAUAUGCUAUGAAAGUUUUGAAAAAAGACACCGUAGUUCAAAAGAAAAAGACUGCCGAACAUACAACCACAGAAAGACAGGUACUUGAGGCUAUACAGCAAAGUCCAUUUCUUGUUGGAUUACAUUAUGCAUUUCAAACGGAUUCAAAGCUAUAUUUAGUUUUAGAUUAUGUUAGUGGUGGUGAGCUCUUUACACAUCUAUAUAAAGCAGAGCAUUUUUCUGAAUCCACUGUUCGUGUUUAUAUCGCAGAGGUCGUGUUAGCACUUGAACAUUUACAUAAACUUGGCAUUAUCUAUCGCGAUAUAAAAUUAGAAAAUAUACUACUGGAUGGUCAAGGCCAUAUUGUUCUGGCCGAUUUUGGUCUUUCGAAAAUCUUUGCACCUGACUCGGAUCAUCGAGCCCAUAGUUUUUGUGGUACUCUUGAGUAUAUGGCCCCCGAGAUUAUUAGAGCUGGGCCAAAUGGUCAUGAUUUAGCGGUAGACUGGUGGUCGGUGGGUGUACUAACAUAUGAACUUUUAACGGGUGCUUCGCCAUUUACUGUUGUGGAGCAGCAGAAUUCUCAGAGCGACAUAUCGCGUCGUAUACAAAAAGUAGAUCCUGUUCUGCCUCCCACACUAGGGGAAAACGUUAAAGAUUUUAUAUUGAAAAUGUUGCAUAAAGAUCCGAAAAAACGUUUAGGUGGCAACAGCCGCAAUGCAGCAGAAAUCAAAAAUCAUCCGUUUUUCCGCGGCAUUAAUUGGAAUGAGUUGAAAAGUAAACGCCGAAAAGCACCAUUUAAGCCGACAUUGGACAGCGAAGACGAUACUCAAAACUUUAGUGAAGAAUUCACUAAACAGCCAGUUAUAGAUUCGCCGGCUCCAGUGCCUGUAAAUACUCAUAGACUAUUUCGUGGUUAUUCUUAUGUGGCACCACAACAUCGUAAAAAGCUUUUGGAAAGAGAAGGAAUUCCCGAGUUCUAUGAGGAAUAUUGUAGUGAACCAAUUUUGGUAAGUUUUAUUAAAACUAUUAUGCAAACAAAUGGUUAUUUACAGCUCUUUUUAACACAGUCACCAACUCCUGCUCCUGAUAAUAUACAACUGAAACAAUUAUGCGGUAAUGGUGCAUUUGGUAAUUGUUAUUUGGGCGUGGAUGAAAUGGAUGACAGAAUUUUUGCUAUCAAAGUUAUACCCGAAACUAAUUAUCGCCCGGCUGAAGUUGAUGCGCUAAUUGCUUGCGCUCAAGAUGAACACCCCUCAAUUGCACAAUUCUAUGCUGUUUAUCGCAAAGAUUCAGACAUUUGGAUUAUUCAGGAAUUCGUAGAAGGUUGUGAACUUUCUGAUCAAAUAAUGCAAUCCGAAUGUGGAAUUGAUGAGCUGUUGUGCAGUGACAUAUUUAAUAAAUUGGUGCAAGCUGUACACCAUAUUCAUGAGAAGAAAUUCAUACAUGGAGAUGUUAAACCAGAAAACAUUAUACUUACCGUAGACGAUAUGAUAAAACUGGUUGAUUUUGGAGCAGCAUGUUAUCAUGGCAAUGUUAAGAGCUGGCAUGAUAAGCCUCGCUUUACAAUUGAUUAUGCUCCGCCAGAAAUGCUACAAAACCCCGAUUAUGCCACUUAUACAGAGUCUUUGGAUAUUUGGUGUUUAGGUGCUACUUUGUUUACCAUGUAUAUGGGUCAUUCUCCCUUUCGGCAGGGCCGAGGGGAUCGCCAGGUAAGCUACGAAAUGCUAAAGCAACGUAUUCUAAAUGAGGCCAUGUACACUGAGUCUGAGCGUUGGCAACAGGCCUCGGAAGAAUUAAAACAUUUAUUACAAGGCUGUAUGGAAAAAGAUGUAAAAAAACGUUUAACACUUCAUCAAAUACUACAACAUCCUUGGUUCGAUGUAACCUUUAAACAAAAGGCGUUGCUACCGAUAGCAACUGAAAGUUACGAAAGUGAUCUUUAUAAUACAGACGACAUUCGUAACUCAAGAACGGAUAUAACGGAAUCCCACAUUAAGGAAGAGAAACAGGAGGAAGAGGUCGCUAUCGAAACCUGUUCUAGAGCUGAAGAGGAGAAAGAGGAGAAGCACAUACUUGAAGAUCUCGAAGUAGUUGACUUAAGACAACAAAGUUUGCAAUCAGAAGGUGAUGUUACAAGUGGUUUAGGCCAAAGCAAAUCCUCUGAUGAAAAUAGCUUAACAGCAAUGGAAACUGAUGAAGUUUCUUUGGCAGAGAUACGUGAUGAACAUAUAGCUGAGAUGCCCCUAAUUGCUAUAAAUAGCUGUCCUCCUGAAAGUCUACCGGAUUUGGGUGAUUUCCAAGGCUUCGAUGAAAAUAUGCCACCCAUAACAAGUUGGCUACUAGACGUAAGUAAAUUUAUUAUUUUCGACAACGUCAGACAAAUUAUCGGCCGAACAAGUGUGACACGUAGCAGACAAACUAAACAAAAUGUCACAAGUGCGCCACCGCCAGUAACGCGGCGUUCAAUGCGCAGAGAAACAAGUCUUAACAAAAUCACUAAACCCUUACUAGCCAAUAACAAAAAUAGAUCUCCUCCAAGAUCAUCAACCCAACGUAAAACCCGAAGUGCAAUUAUCAAUAAAGAGUGUGUACCCGAUGUAUGGAUGCCUGAAGAGUUUUCUGGUUUCGAUGAACAGGAACGCAAACGUUUGGCUUUGAAAACCAAGAGUAGUUGGCGUAUGUUCUGUACGAUACUGCACAGUACCCAAAUGUCUUUAAAAUAUUUCAACUUUGAUCGAAGAGUCUAUAAUCGAACACUGGAUGAUAAUAGUGAGGAAAUUAAAUCUAAUAAAAAUAAAACUUCAACAAGAAAACAGCAAAUAACAACGCCGCCCAUGCCACAAGUAACAGCAACAACCAAGGAGGUUUCAGUAGCAUGUCGUAAACAACCCAGUCGUUUAGCUCGUGCCCAAAGGGCCCGUUAUGUUUUUGAAUGAUUGCUGUAUAAUAUAUAUUUCAUAAAGUAUCCGGACAGUCCUACUUACAUUUGGCUGUUUGUAGUUUCAAUUUAAAUUUCUCUUACAACUGACGGUUCUCUGCUGAAUGUGUAUUUUUAAUUAGUUUUUUUUAUUAUUAUUUUUUUCAACUAACUAACUGAUGGUUUGUUUUCCCAUAAUUGUUAAUUAAAUUUGUUAUUAUUAUUUUUAUUUUCUUUUAUAUUAUUGUUUUGGCAACUAGUAGAUAUGUUCAAGUUCUUUUAACAAGUGUGCAUUAAAAAAAAAAGAGAAAUAAUUUAUAUUUUAAAAAAACCAAACAUGCAAUAAAUAUCAUAAUUUUUUUUUAUAACCAAGACCAAGUAGAGACGAAAUGUGCGCCAGUGAUUUUAAGCGAGCAGAAUAUACGAUACUUGUGAUGAAGAAUUAAAAUAGCCAGCAACCAAUCGGUUAGAGUUUUUAAAACUAUGACGCUGAAAAGCAAAUAUCAGGUUAUUAAAAUAGGGUGUUGUUAUUUUGUAUCGCUAUAGAAUAAAAUAUUUCUGACCCAUUAUAAAAAUGUGCUGCAAGAUGUCAUAAACUAUUCACUUUGAAAAUAUUUUGAAGUUUACAUUGUAAUGCACAAAGUACUUAAUUAUUGAGAAUAGUACUAUUUCUAUAAAGUGCUUUUGAGGAAAUACUAGUUAAAAAAGCUACGUCUUUGAAAAUGGUACUUUUUUAAAAGGUACUAUUUUUUAAAAUAUAUGCUUUUAAAAAGAUUGUUAGACGAAUACCACUUUCUUAAUCACUGGACCAAUUAAACUUAAAAGUUUUAAAAUACAAUUUGAAUGAAUGCAACACACAUUUCUUAUUUUUUAUUAAGUUAUAGAAAUUUCAAAAUAUAUACUUUGAAUUGAAUAAGUUUAUUUAAAGAUUUGUUUAAUUUUCUAUUUUAAAACCAAACCCCCAUUCAGUAACAUAUCCUAUUAAACAAGUUUUUUUUUAAGUUACCAAUUUACAUGACAUGAUGUAGUUUAUUUAUUUAAGAACUACGGUUUGGAACUUUUUAAUUACAUCCUAAUACUUGGUUGUCAAUGGAAAAUAAAAGAAAAGAAAAAUGUAUUUUUUUAACUUGAACUUGAUAUUUAGUUAGCAAAAUUUCAUUAGAACAAAAUUGUAAUUAUUAAGCAAACCUGUGUAUUUUAAAUUAUAUAUAGAAUUAUAUUUUAAAAUAUAUAUAUAGGAUUUGGGUAAUUUGUAUUAACCAUAAGUUAUUCACUACCAUCCAAAAGAAACAGCGUUGAUUUUACCAUAAUUAUAACAUAUAUAAUGCCUCAUUACACCAAAAAAAAGAAAAAAGAAUGAAAAGGAAAUAUUUCCCAAACACACACCUGCAUCAUUAAUUAUUUUUGACAAUUUUUUUGUUUAUUAUUUUUCUUUAGUAUUAGUUUUUUAGCUUUUAAGUAUUUUAUAAAUUUGAAUUUUGUUUCGUAAUUUUCUACGAACAAUGUGCAUUUUUAUUUAAAAACACACUUUAUCUCUGGCAUCGUUAAUGUUUCGUUAACAAAAUACUAAAAUAAUAAAAUAAAAAUAUUUAAUUUAUAAUAAAAUAUAAA